AUUUCCCUGGCGCUGACCUGCCUCCACCAACCUUCACCGAAAUGGCAGUUGGAAAAAACAAGAGACUCUCCAAGGGCAAAAAGGGCAUCAAGAAGCGUGUUGUCGACCCUUUCUCUCGUAAGGAUUGGUACGACAUCAAGGCCCCUUCCUUCUUCGAAGUUAAGAACGUUGGAAAGACUCUUGUCAACCGCACCGCCGGUUUGAAGAACGCCAAUGACGCCUUGAAGGGUCGUAUUGUUGAGGUUUCUUUGGCCGACCUUCAAAAGGAUGAGGAGCACUCCUUCCGUAAGGUUAAGCUCCGUGUUGACGACGUCCAAGGCAAGGCUUGUCUUACUACCUUCAAUGGUAUGAGCAUGACUUCGGACAAGUUGCGCUCUCUUGUGCGCAAGUGGCAAACCACCAUUGAGGCUGACCAGACCAUCAAGACCACUGAUGGUUACGUUUGCCGUAUCUUCGUUAUCGGCUUCACCCGUCGUCGUUACAACCAGAUCAAGAAGACCACCUACGCUCAAUCCUCCCAGAUCCGUGCCAUCCGUCAAAAGAUGUUCCAGGUCAUCCAGAACCAAGCUACUGGCUGCUCCAUGCGCGAGCUCGUCCAAAAGCUCAUUCCUGAGAUCAUUGGUCGUGAGAUUGAGAAGGCUACCGGUGGUAUCUUCCCCCUUCAGAACGUCUUCGUUCGCAAGGUCAAGAUCCUCAAGUCCCCCAAGCUCGAUGCCCAGAAGCUUCUUGAGCAACACGGUGAGGCCCAAGACGUCGGCACUAAGGUUAUCAAGGACGUUGCCCCUUUGGCCUCCGUAUAAGCAGCUAAUACAUACUGCUAACAGUUCUGCCAUACUGCCAUUAGCACGCUAGGUCAAGAGAAUAGCCAAUACGAGAGCACGUACCUAACUAAUAAGGUUGAACAUUAAAGGUAUAGGAUGGAACAGGCUUAACAGCUAAAAUGAUUUUAAAACCCAAACUUCAAUGCAAACUUUAACACUUUAAAACGAGUGAAUCGAGGCU